CAUGAGGCUGGCCAGAAGCGCUUGGCAUUUGGCACUGCUGCUGCUGGCGUGGGUCAACCUGGCGAGCUCUGGAAACGGGAACGGUCAAGGGAGACGCGGCGGUGGUGGCGAAAGGCGGAGGAAGCUUCACCGCGUGCAAAACGGGCAGUGCAGCUAUACCUUCAUCCUGCCCGAGAUGGAGAGCUGUCAGGAGCAGAUGAGCGGGACCCACGGGGUGCAGCGCGACUCCCCGCCGGCCGACAGCGAGUGGUCUGUUCAGAAGCUGCAGCAUCUGGAGACGGCCAUGGAAAACAACACGCAGUGGCUGCAGAAGUUAGAAAACUACAUCGAGCAGAAGACAGGGAUGGUGCACAUUCAGGCCGAUGCUGUUCAUAACCAAACGGCCACCAUGCUGGAGAUCGGCACCAACCUGCUCUCUCAGACAGCAGAGCAAACCAGGAAACUCAAUGUGGUCGAAGCCAAGGUUAUGAACCAGACAUCAAGAAUUGCUAUUCAGUUAUUAGAGAAUUCAUUGUCAACAAACAAACUGGAGAAGGAGCUCAUAACACAGAUUUCAGAAAUCUCUAAACUUCGAGACAAGAACAGUCAUCUGGAAAGUAAGGUGUUGGUCCUGGAGUCGCAGCAGAGGACAGAAUUGGAAGACAUGAGGGAGGAGAAGGAGCGACUACAGGACCUGGUGAAGAGACAGACGGCUGCUAUUACGGCUCUGGAGAGACAGCUGAGAGCGGCCAGCAGCAAUAACUCAGCCCUGCAGAAACAACAUCAGCAGCUCAUGAAGUCCGUACACACACUUAUUGGCAUGGUGUCUUCUGGGACAGGCAUUACGCCAAAUGAGCAGCGCUUCCGAGACUGUGCUGAGGCCUAUAAAUCCGGUCACAACACCAGCGGCAUCUACCACAUUUACAUCGGAGACAUGACGGAGCCAACCAAGGUCUUCUGUGAUAUGGUGACAAGUGGAGGUGGCUGGACUGUAUUCCAGCACAGAGCCAAUGGAAGUGUGAACUUUCAGAAAGGCUGGAAAGACUACAAGCUGGGAUUUGGUGAUCCUAGCGGAGAGCACUGGUUAGGUAAUGAGGCCAUUCACCUGAUCACCAGUCAAGCCAAGUACUCCCUCCGAGUGGAACUGAAGGACUGGGAGGAGAACGGGGCAUAUGCACUGUAUGACAAAUUCCAGCUGACCAGUGAAAAACAACAGUACAGACUCUUGCUAGGGAGCCAUAGUGGAACAGCAGGACAGAAAAGCAGCUUAGCAUUAAACGGCACAGGCUUCAGCACUCGUGACGCUGACAACGACAAGUGCGAGUGCAAGUGUGCUCUCAUGAUGACUGGAGGGUGGUGGUUUGAAGCUUGUGGUAUGUCCAACCUGAACGGCAUCUACUAUACCAUCGGUCACAACAUCCGCAAACUCAAUGGCAUUAAAUGGCAUCACUUCCGAGGACCCAGUUAUUCACUCCAGUCCACUUCCAUGAUGAUACGACCCGCUGAUUUCUGAAGCCAAUGAACCAGCAUUGCCACAAGACUGUCAUAAUGUAGGACAGAAAGCAGACAAAAUUAAGUGGAAACAGAUUUAAAAAAUGCCAUUUAAUGGAUGAACAGUGAUGAUUUACUGCAAAUCCAAGAGCUGGAGUGGACUCUUUGCCACCAUUCAUCUAUGCCACCAUUUUCAUUUUACACAUAACUGUACAAAGACGCUUCACCUUCACAGCUGCUCUAGCGUAAAUUCAUUCGUCUCUUAUAACCUGAAACAUUCUCAGUGACGGAGAUUUCUGCUGAACAAGGAUCCUCACUGUGGCAUGAAAUUAUUCCAAAGGAAAACCUUUCGAACUUGAGGAGGCUGAAGAUUUUGGAGCAGUUUUACAGAAACCAGAGGAUUAUUGAGGAUUAUUUUUUCUGUUUUGUAAAAGAUAAUGGCUGUUAAAGGGAUAGUUCACCCAAAAAUGAAAAUGUACUCACUAUUUACUCUCCCUCAAAUGAUUCCAGAACUUAGAUUCACAAAAAAAAUACACAAAAGAAGAUAUUUUGAAGAAUGAUUAAAAACCUGUAACCAUUGACUUAUAUUGUAGGAAAAACAAAAACUAUGAAAGUCAAUGGAUACAGGUUUUCAGCAUUCUUCAAAAUAUCUUCUUUUGUGUUCAACAGAAGUAAGAUCCCAGCAGGCACAAAAUAUCAUAAAUGUUAGUAUGAGGUUAGAUUUAGGUUGUGACACCAGAUGAACAAAAUGCAAUGUCUAACCACCAGCGUCUAAGAACAACAUUAUCUUGACGUCCAAUAAUGAUGUCAAAUGACGUUGAUAUUUGGUUGAUUUUAGGCUGUGUUGGAAAGUGACCAAAAUCCAACGUCAAGCCAACAUCUUAAACCAGCGUCAUAUUGACGUCAAACUCUGACAUUUAUUUGUCAGGUAUGGGAACCAAAAUCCAGCAUCUGAUAGACGUCGUAGUGGUAUAGUAAACACAACGUCAAGCUGUAACAUCAUUAGACGUUGAUAUUUGGUUGAUUUUUGGUUAACCAUUGUUCAUUGACAUCAGCCUGACAUCAGCCUGACAUCAGCCUGAAUUUUCAUUUCCAAAUAAAAUGCAACUCAUAAAGGUUUGAAAGUAAAUGAUGACAUAAUUAAAACACUCCCUUUAAAUACUAAGUGAAGCAGCUGACUAGAGGUUAAAAUUUUCUUGAAUUUUAGCUUAAUUCUUAAACUCCUCAGAGCCGCAUUUUAAAAUAACAACUUACAGUUUAAAAUGACUUUUCUUUUAUGUGAAUAUAUUUUAAAAUGUAAUUUAUUCCUAUGAUGCAAAUCUGUAGUUUUAGCAUCAUUACAGUAUUUAGUGUAACGUAAUCCCUUAAGGCAGGGGUGUUUCUGGAGGGCCACAGCUCUGCACAGUUUAAUUCCAACCCUGCUCCAACACACUUACCUGUAGGUUUCAAACAAGCCUGAGGGACACAAUUAGUUGGAUCAGGUGUGUUUAAUUAGAGUUGGAACUAAACUGUGCAGAGCUGUGGCCCUCCAGGAACUGUGUUUGACACCUGUGCCAUAAGUAGGGCCAGACGGAAUCUGCAGACGAUUUUUGCUAUAUCUGCAGAGAAUUUUUGGUAUAAU